GGCACCUUGUCGGUGGUGACAAUGUACCAUGCCAAGCUCAAAAGCAAACACACCUGCAAGAACUUUGACCUCAAGAUUAAUGUACGACGAGCUCCUGAAGAUGUCAAGAGGCCUCAGGAAGCCCUGGACACCAUGAUCCUUGACAUCUGUACCAGGUACCUGGGAGACCAGGAUGCUACCAUGUCGAUCCUGGAUAUAUCCAUGAUGACUGGCUUUUCUCCUGACACUGGUGAUCUCCACCAGUUGAGCAACAUCAUUGGAAGAUACCUCUCUUUGUGUGACAUGAACAAUAAGAACACCGUCACCAUCUACCUGGACAAGGUAAGGCUUCCAAUGGGGAUCUGACGUCUACCAGGCAGGCCUCCUUCUGGGCCACACCAGGCCCAGUCUAGGAGGUGAGGGGUCUCUGCUGCUGGGUGGUGGAGGGAAGGGGCAUAAAAAGAAGGUGGACAACCCAGGUCCUCUCAUCUUUUCUAAGCAGCUUACCUUCUGACCAGUCUCAUUUCAACCUCAUUUUAUACUUGCUUCCUCCAGCUUCUUCUCAUCAUAGUCCUAAACAACUUUUGAAGGGAGCCACUUGGGUUUAAAAAAUAAAGUGCUCAGUGCUGAAAAGCA